UGGAGGUGGCGGCGGUGGCGGGGCACGUGAGCGGCCCGUUACGUCAUCGCGGGCUCGCGACACCAACAUGGCGGCGGCGACGACGGGCGGCGGCGGGAAGAUUGUGUAUGAACAGGACGGGGUGUUUAUUCAUUCAUCUUGCGGGAAGAUCAACGAUCAGGACAGUUUGAUUGCAGGAAUACUGCGUGUCCUAGAAAAGGAUGCUGAAGUAAUAGUAGACUGGAGACCUUUGGACGACACUUUCGAUUCUUCCAAUAUCCUCUAUGCCGGAAAGGACUCCAGUUCGGUUGUGGAAUGGAUCCCGACCCCCAGGGAGAAAGCCCGGCGAGGGUCAGAGCAUCAGACCGGUUACGAAGCCGAAUGGGACAUGGUCAACACCGUUUCUUUUAAAAAGAAACCCUAUACUAAUGGAGAUGCUUCGAGCCACACGAAUGGGAAAAGCAAAUGGUCAUUCCUCUUCAGUUUGACAGACCUGAAGUCGAUCAAGCAAAACAAAGAGGGCAUGGGGUGGUCCUACGUGGUGUUUUGCCUGAAGGACGACGUCAUGCUUCCCGCCCUUCACUUUCAUCACGGAGACAGCAAACUCCUGAUCGAGGCGCUUAAAAAAUACGUGGUGGUGUGCGAAUCUUCCCAGGACAAAAGAAUUCUUCUUGUGAAUUUCCAUAAUAAAAGUCUUUCACAGUCUUUUGAAAAUCUCCUCGAUGAACCGGCGUAUGGCUUAAUACAAGCAGGACUGCUAGACAGAAGAAAGCUGGUUUGGGCCUGGCACCACUGGCAAAAAAUAAAGAAGGAUCCCUACACAGCCACUCUGGUAGGAUUUUCCAGAGUCACAAACUACAUUUUCGACAGCUGGAGGGGCAGUGACCCUUCGGCUCAUCACCGGCCGCCGUCAGAAAUGGCAGAUUUCCUGAGCGAUGGCAUUCCGGGCCUAAAGAUAAAUCAGCAGGAAGAACCGGGAUUUGAAGUCAUCACAAGGAUCGAUCUGGGAGAACGGCCUGUGGUUCAAAGGAGAGACCCCGUGUCGUUUGAAGAAUGGAACAAGAGCGUGGAUUCGGAAGGAAGAAUCUUAAAUGUCCAAAGUAUGAAGGAGAAGAUUUUCCGAGGGGGCCUCUGCCAUGCAGUGAGAAAGCAAGCGUGGAAAUUUCUUCUGGGUUAUUUUCCCUGGGAUAGUACCAAGGAGGAACAGGCUAGCCUGCAGAAGAGAAAAACAGAUGAAUAUUUCAGGAUGAAACUACAGUGGAAGUCUAUCGGUGAGGAACAAGAAAAAAGAAAUUCGAGGCUACGCGAUUACAGGAGUCUAAUAGAAAAGGAUGUUUACCGAACGGACCGGACCAAUAAGUUCUAUGAAGGUCAAGAUAAUCCCGGACUGAUCCUGCUCCAUGAUAUUUUGAUGACCUACUGCAUGUACGAUUUCGAUUUGGGCUAUAUUCAAGGAAUGAGCGACUUGCUGUCCCCCGUUUUGUACGUAAUGGAGAAUGAAGUGGAUGCCUUUUGGUGUUUUGUAUCGUACAUGGAUCAAGUGCAUCAGAAUUUUGAAGAGCAGAUGCAAGGCAUGAAGACACAGCUUAUUCAACUGAGCGCUCUACUCCACUUUCUGGACAGUGGAUUUUGCAGUUACUUAGAAUCUCAAGACUCAGGAUACCUGUAUUUUUGCUUCCGGUGGCUCUUGAUCAGGUUCAAAAGAGAGUUUAGUUUUCCCGAUAUUCUUCGAUUAUGGGAGGUCAUGUGGACCGAGUUGCCCUGUCAGAAUUUUCACCUUCUCCUCUGUUGUGCUAUCCUGGAGUCCGAAAAGCAGCAGAUAAUGGAAAAACAUUUUGGCUUCAAUGAAAUACUCAAGCAUAUCAACGAGCUGUCCAUGAAAAUCGACGUGGAAGACGUACUGUGCAAGGCCGAAGCCAUUUCUCUACAGAUGGCGAAAUGCAAGGAAUUGCCUCAAUCCGUAUGUGAGAUCCUGGGUCUGCAGAACAGUGAGCUCGCCUCCCCAGAUCUGGACGCUGGAGACGAAAACGUUUCUCUGAUCAGGUGCCCACCGUCCACAUUGCAGAAUAGCUCCUUACCGGAAAUUGCGGCCAACGGAACGAGAGAUGACGGCGGCUCCCCGAAGGUAGCGACGCCACAGAGUGUCAACAGAUUAACACCCGCCUGACCGUCGUCCCCUAUUUACGAAGAGACACUCUGCUGCAGUUCUGUUUCACGUACUUGAAAGGUGCAUAUUUAAAAAUUCCGUGUUAAUUAUGCUUUAGGGUUUUUGGAAAGAGAGUGUAAUGUGCCGUUCUUGCAUUAAAGCUUUACAAAAAGAUUUAAGCUAAUUAUUUUUGUAGUUACUUCCCCCCGAUAGCCUUUUUUUUUUGAAUAACAUUCCUGAGUAUUUUUAUAGCCAAGUGCAUUUUGUUUUCUUGCCAAUGAACUGGAAAUAGGUAGCAGAAAGGGAUGAGUUGGAAAUUAUGCACUUUGAAUAUCUUUCACUUCGUUUACUCCAAGUGUCGCUGGCUCUGCGACUCGAUCCGAUUCAGAGUUGAGUUCAUGUCCGGCUCCCCGAGCUCUAAGGUCGCUUGUUUCCACGCGGAGCCUUCGGUAAAUGACAGGUCUGUUCGUUCUCAACUGUUUACAGAGACGCACCGCUUGGGUGUGCGUGCCGGUUGAGUGCGGCGGGGAAUCGGACGAUUUUAUCGGUCAAUCAGUGGUAUUUAUUGAGCGCUCACUGUGCGCAGAGCACCGUACCGCCUGCCCGGGAGAGGUCCCCCGACGGUCUGCGCUUCACCGAAGGGACAUAAACUCUAUUUUGUACGUGUAACAUCACUUGCUUAUAAAUAUUCCGGUCCUAUAUUUAUGAAGAUUGCGAGGACAGACGUUUUCUUUAUGAGAUUCACUGACCUUUGUUGUGAUUUGUACGAGGCAGUUUGACGAAAUAACACACAGCUUUAACGUGAGCUUUUUCAAAACUAUUUUCUUAACGGAGGAUUCAACUCAUGAAUGUAUGUUCCAUUCUAUAUCUGGUAUGAUUUUGAAAUGGAGAUUGCCGUGAUCUAACUUUACUAAACCGUUGAUUAUAUUUGCUAACGAUGUAUUAACCGACAGGACGUUUUUAUGAGACUUUGGUAACGCCUAAAAUUAUGUAGAAAAUCGCAGAGUAAUAAUCUCGUCUCACAAUAAUGCUAUUUUGUAUAGGGAAAAAGGUCGUGUUUGUUUAUAACCACACUCUGCUGCAUGACUCUUUCAAGUUAUGUAAAGCCGGCGUAACUGAUAACACUGCAUUAAUUGCUAUUUUUAACCUCCUGUAGAUAUUGAGAAAUAAACCUGACGUCGAUUUAGUGUUUUCAGUUAAAUCACACGUCGAGAGGGUAGUCGGCCUCUUAGUUUACGGGAGGCAGGCUCGAGAUCGGCCCGGGGCCUUCGGCCGGAAGGUUUUGAGUGACCGUGGAUCCGACGGAGAUCGCGGCCUUCGGACGGAAGAGAAGGUUUCGCCCCGGAGUGUUAUCUGUCCCGUCAGGGCAAGUUAUUAUAAUACGGUGCUGAAAUAUUUCAGUACCGCGUUUCAGAAAGUUUGGGGACUUGGUCAAACUCUCCCAGUUGAAUGUUAAUGCUGGAGCCCGGCCGCAGCGUUAGCGCUUUUAACUUUUAAUAAUACAUGUGCUAUCUCUUAUCAGUUAAUAAUGAAGAAGCCUAUUCAGUCAAAGUAAACCGAUCCGAAACUCAGCGUCUCCAGUCUUUCAUUUCCUGUUACUCAGGAAAUUACUCCGAAUAUCAUGAUGCCCUUCUGGUUCUUCCUGAACAUUAGUUUUUUUGUUCUUUGCGCACAUUUGGUAUCUACUCUAUUUUUUUUUCUUUAAUACGUUUCGUUGGCUGAACUUUUGUGAAAUGAAUGAGGCUUGUUUUAAUAUCAACCCGCUUGUUGGGGCGCAGAUGUCAUCUUUAUUUAAGAACAGGGACUACGUUUCUACCGUAUUCUCUAUAGCAACCAGACGGAAGUAAUGGGGCAGAGUCCACCGUCAACCCGCAGACGCCAGGACGGUCGGUGUCACGAUUCGGGAAUCGAGUUCCCCGUUUCUAGCCGUGAACUCAGAGCCUCUUUGGCCCCAAAUGGCCUCGCUCCAAAUGUUGGAUCGAGUAAUAUGCCGCAAAGAGAGGGCGAGUCUUCCCGACUCACCGGUCGUAGUGUCCAAGAACGGUGACACGCAGUUCGUUGAAGUUUCUGUUCUUGCCAUUUCUGGCCCGGGGAGAAGUUGAUUUAACUUCUGGUGACUGGAUCCCCAUUUAUUUUCUUAUUUUUUUUACACCUCAUAUUAAGAGAAGCAGGCUCCUCGAAUGGCUAGAGCACAGGCCUGGGAGGCAGAAGUCCUGGGUUCUAAUCCCGGCUCUGCCACUUGCCUGCCGAGUGCCCUCCGACUCAUUUCACCGACUCUGUUACCUUAUCUGUAAAAUGAGGAUGAAAUCUGCGAGCCCCGUGCGGGACGGGGACUGUGUCCGAUCUCGUCAUCUUCUCUCUACCCCCACGUGCUCAGUACGGUGCCUGGAACGUAGUAAGCGCCUAACAAAAGCCAUUAAAAAGAAAAAGAGAGUAGAUGUUCACAGGUGAGCGUUUGGCAUAUCGUGUCUACCCACUCUCUCGCACUCUUCCAAGCGCUCAGGACGGUUCUCAGGUUAGCGCUCAAAUACCAAGGGUGGAUUGAUUAAAAAGCUUGGAGCUUGAGCAAAGAGGAGAUUCCCGCUAAGCAGCGGAGUAUUUUAACCUUGGAAAUCUCUAAGGCGUAUUACAGAUAUCCUGACCCUCAACAAUUCUGUGUCAGUUCAGGGUCAGGGUCGCCAGAUAAGUGUUAUCGAAGACAUAAAUGAUGCGUCCGGGCUGGGCUCCUCCAGCUUUUGAGCUUCGCUAUCACUACAUCGCCAAAAGAUUAAAUACUAAUCGUGGACGACUUUUAAUCGCUCGAUUAUUUGGCGCAUCUGACUGGCGGGUGCUUCGGCGUUUCACCUUUCCCUCUCUUCGCGCAAAAAUGCCCCCUCCCCUGCGGCCUGUCAAGGUGUUGGCGUUGAUGAGCUUUGCUGUGGACCGUUAAUCACGUGCGUCAUUAGGUGGAAUCCUGCCAUCUUAAAAGUAUAUUUAAGCGCGGCUCGCUUUGGAUCUCUCUCGUGUCCCCCCCAACCCCGUUUUUCGUCCGGCCGAUUUUCCACAGGGUGCUCUCUCAAGCCAUCAUUCGUAACAGGCCGUUACAACGGGCGAAUUUCUUCGUGUGCCAUUCGAAUAGACUAAGGAAGUGAAACGAAAGGCUUAAAACAUUCCAAACGGUGUGUCUUGCCUUCGGUCUGAUCACCCGGUGAUCACUUAAUCUCUUAAGUAAAGCAAAGUGCUUAAAACAAUAAAAUAUUUAUUGAUAGAGGUAUAUUUUAAUAGUAGAAAAAUUCUCCUUUGUAGAAUUUCACUGCCCACACAGCGAAGAGGAGGUAACGAGAAACAGAUAUCGGUGGUUCGGGAAGAUUUUUAUUUAAGCGCGUCAGGUUCCUGGGAUUAAAACGAAUUUCUGGGACAGUAGCUCUCGUCGAUCAGAACACUCCCUUUCGAGGCGGUCUGUUUUGUCAUCUACCUCUCCGAGGCUGGAAUUUCAUUUCCUCGGUGAUAGGGGAGGUGAGGAAAUUAGCCGAUGUCAAACAUCGGGUGAGAAUGACAAGGUAGACCGUCUUUAUCUUCAACCGCGUCGUCAACUUAAAAUCUGUUUAACACGUGAAAGCGUGUCCUUCGUUUUGGGUUUUUCCUGGUGUUCUAUGUCUCUGCCGUUGAAAAAUAAAGAAGUACUACUUCGAAACGCCA